UUAUUAAAGAAGAAAAGCAGAUAUGCUUUCAGUUUUUCUUUCACUAUUGAUUCUUUUUGGUGUACUCCAACAACCAGCUUUAGCCUUUAAAAAGUCUUACAUUGUAUACUUGGGAGGACACUCUCAUGGCGCCGAUGUCACUAGUGCCGAUCUUCGUCGAGUUGCCGAUUCCCACACUCAGUUGCUUGCCUCCUUCUUGGGAAGCGAAGAGAAGGCGAAAGACGCAAUAUUUUACUCGUACAAGAGACACAUAAAUGGAUUUGCUGCUCUUCUUGAAGACGAAGAGGCUGCCAGAAUUGCAGAGCAUCCGGAUGUGGCGUCGGUGUUCUUGCAUCAGGGGAGAAAAUUGCACACAACACACUCUUGGGAUUUUCUUAUGCUUGAAAAUGAAGGUGUGAUUCCCUCCUCUUCAUUAUGGAAUAAAGCUAGAUUCGGCCAAGAUACCAUCAUUGCUAAUCUCGAUACCGGUGUUUGGCCCGAAUCGAAAAGCUUUAGUGGCAAAGGGUUUGGCCCCAUUCCCUCAAAGUGGAAAGGAAUCUGUCAGUUUGAUCACAAAGAAGGCCCCCUUUGCAACAGGAAACUAAUUGGAGCAAGGUACUACAACAAAGGCUACGCCGCCUACGCCGGCGUACCACUCAACUCCACGUACAACACACCUCGCGACGUCGACGGACACGGGACCCACACACUGUCCACAGCCGCCGGCAACUUCGUUGCUGGCGCCAACGUGUUCGGUUUCGGCAACGGAACAGCGAAGGGCGGGUCCCCCAGGGCCCGCGUGGCUGCAUACAGGGUGUGCUAUCCGAAGAUGAACGAGAGCAGCGGCGAGUGCUACGAUGCCGACAUCAUGAAGGGAUUCGACGCCGCGAUUGCCGACGGCGUCGGCGUGCUGUCCGUCUCCCUCGGCUCAGAUUCGGUGGACUACAUCAACGACGGCACCGCCAUUGGCGCCUUCCACGCCGUGAAAAAUGGGAUCGUUGUCGUCGCAUCUGCCGGGAAUUCGGGCCCCACCCCGGGGUCCGUUGAGAAUGUGGCCCCGUGGUUUAUUACCGUUGGUGCUAGUACUCUCGAUCGCAAGUUCCAAGCUAACGUCCAGUUGAAAAAUGGAUCGAUUUUUCAGGGGAUGAGUCUUUCGAAACCAUUGCCGGAGGAUAAAAUGUAUACCCUAAUCAGUGCGGCCGAAGCUAGAGCUGCGGAUGUAUCCGAGGAGGACGCGAUACUAUGCAAGGAAAAGACCUUGGAUUCGAAGAAAGCCAAGGGCAAAAUAGUAGUUUGCCUAAGGGGCGAAAAUGCGCGGUUGGAGAAAGGGGAGGAGGCGCUUCGUGCAGGUGCAGCCGGAAUGAUUCUGUGCAACGACGAGUCUAGCGGCAACGAACUCAUCGCCGACGCGCAUAUUCUUCCGGCGACUCAACUCAAUUACACCGAUGGCCUUAUCGUCUUUUCCUAUCUCAAAAACACAAAAAACCCACAGGGGCUGAUUACAGAACCAAAGUCGGUGCUGAACGUAAAGCCCGCCCCGUUUAUGGCAUCGUUCUCAUCCCGGGGCCCGAAUGCAAUUACCCCUGCAAUUCUCAAGCCCGAUAUUACAGCUCCGGGAGUGAACAUAAUGGCAGCUUACAGCGAAAGCACGAGCCCGACGGAAGUACCCUCCGACAAGCGAACGACGCCGUUCUACAUCGAAUCCGGCACAUCAAUGGCGUGCCCCCACGUGUCCGGCGUGGCCGGCCUGCUCAAAACCCUACACCCUGACUGGAGCCCCGGCGCGAUCCGAUCGGCGAUCAUGACCACGGCGAGGACGAGGGAUAACACGGGGAGCCCAAUGAAGGACGCCGAUUACCAGAAGGCAACCCCGUUCAUGUACGGAUCGGGCCAUAUCCGGCCCAAUCGGGCCAUGAAUCCGGGCCUGGUCUACGAUUUGACCGUCAACGACUACCUCGACUUUCUGUGCGGCAUCGGGUACAAUUCCACCAUGGUCGGCCAAUUCGCCGGCGCGUACUACGACUGCCCGAACAACUACAAUAUUCUCAACUUCAACAACCCGUCGAUCAGCGUCCCGGAUCUGACCCGAUCCGUUGUGGUGACUCGGAAAUUGAAGAACGUCGGCAAACCUGGAACCUACGCUGCUCGUAUACGUUCGCCGCCUGGUUAUUCCGUCACCGUUAAACCGAAUCUUCUGAAAUUUGAGAAAAUUGGGGAAGAGAAGAGCUUUAAAUUGAGUAUUAAAGUAAACGGAAGAAGAGGGGCAAAAUCGGUAUUUCAGUUCGGGGAAUUGUUGUGGUCUGACGGCAAACAUUACGUGAGGAGCCCAAUAGUUGUUGCAUCCCCUAAUCAAUGAAACAUAAACCCUAAUUUUAUUAUUAGUAUUUUAAUCGCAGGUUUA